AUGAUACAGCCCUUUCAGCAUACCAUCCCCGUGGCCUUAGGCAUAUUAGCCGCUGUCGAGGCAAAAGGCCUACCCCGACAUCGCUGUACCUACGGUGAAGACUGCUGGCCAGAUGUACAAACCUGGGACAAGUUCAACGCCACCGUUGGCGGGAAAUUAAUUCGCUCUGUCCCAUCGGCUGCUGUAUGUCACACGGAGCUAUACAAUGCCGACAAAUGCGCCGACGCAAAGCACAGCUGGCUAGAUAGUUUCUGGCGCACGAACCAAACAGGAGCCUAUUCUGCUACAGUGUGGGAGAUGGGUGAGACCGGACAAUGCUUUAUUGAUACGCCUGUCGGCGCGAAAUGUGAUCAGGGAAUAGUGCCUUAUUACAUGGUUCGCGCAGAGUCAGUCAAAGAUAUCCAGGCAUCUGUGAAAUUUGCCAGUGAGAAGGACUUGUUACUGGUGACCAAGAAUACGGGGCAUGAUCACCUCGGUCGAUCAAGCGGUAAAGGUGCAUUCGGGAUCUGGACUCAUAAGAUGAAGGGCAUCGAAUGGCAUCGCUCCUUUGUGCCACACGGAGCACCAGCUGAUGUCGACGGCAUACCGGCUGCAACGUUGCAGCCUGGGGAACAGUGGUUUGACGUUUACAAUGCUGCUGAGAAACAGGGAGUCCUGAUUGUGGGAGGCUCAGCACGUACUGUUGGUGCUGCUGGAGGAUAUUUACUUGGAGGAGGCCAUUCACCUUUUGCACAUACCUAUGGUCUUGCUGCUGAUAAUCUAUUGGAAAUGACUAUUGUCUCCGCCGAUGGUGAACACCGAGUGAUUAACAGGUUCACCGACCCUGAUUACUUCUGGGCCGUUCGCGGGGGCGGUGGAAGCGCUUGGGGUGUCGUUACCUCAGUGACCUACAAAACCCACCCAGUCCCACGAAACCUCACAGUCGGGCUCGUCCAACUAAACGCAACCGACACCCCUAGCUUCAAACAUAUUGUCGCUGAAGCACUGCAGCGCCUACCAGCUGUCACAGAUGCGGGCUGGGCAGGAUACGCAACCAUGGCAGAGGGUUUCGGCGCCAUCUUCAUCAAACCAAACAGCACCGUGGAAUCCUUCAACCAAACAUUCGCUUCAUUUUAUAAGCUAGCGCAGCAUCACGGUGUCAAUGGAACUGUCGGAGCGUACCAAUCGACAUGGGGCGGAUACAUAAAGAACUUCCUCAAGGACCCCAACAUCGGCACUAACGUCCAGGAUACAUCGAGGCUGUUAACUGCGGAGGUUAUCAAAAAGAAUACUGACCAGCUGGUGGAUUUCAUUGUUGAAAAUGCCCCAGCGGCUGGAUUCGAUUUCGUCGGCAAAGUGAACAACGACGAGCGUGACAACACUGCCAUCCAUGACGUCUGGAAACAUAGCCACGGGCUUUUGAGCGUAUCCACUAACUGGGCGGAUAAUGCGACGGAGAGUGAAAAGCAUAAGAAGCGACAGCAGGCUGUACAGCACAGCAAUCGCUUAACCGAGAUUGUCGGUUCGGACGGAGGGACGUACACCAACGAAGCCAAUCCGUAUGAGCCUGACUGGCAGAAUGUCUUUUGGGGACAGAAAUACGAUCGAUUGCUAUCGAUCAAGCAAAAGAUCGACCCGACAAAUCUAUUUGUAUGCAAUCGGUGCGUCGGGACGGAUGUCGUGCUGGAACCAUAA